AUGCAGAGUCUCUCACUCUCAGCAGCAGCAGCAGAAACAAUAGGUAACAACGAAGACCUCCUCAAACAGCUCCUCCUUUGGAUACCAGCCAAACCACUCAUCCGCUUCAAAUGCGUCUCUAAACUCUGGCUCUCUCUCAUCUCCGACCCCCAAUUCUGCCACUCCCACACCCUCCUCAACCCUAACCCUAAAUUCCCCUCCGCCUUCUUCUUCAGCCCAACCGCCGCAACACACCCCCACUUCAUCUCCCUCCUCCCUAACCCAAACCCACCCACGCCUCUCAGUUUCAUCCCUGACCCAAAAAACCUCAAGAUCCUCCAGUCCUGCAAUGGCUUGCUCCUCUGUACUGAUGGCCUCUCAGUCCCUACCAAAUUCUAUGUCGUCAAUCCCACAACUAGCCGAUUCUCUGAAAUUGCUCUUCCUAAAACGCCAUGUACCCUCUUGAGUCUUGCUUUGGCUUUUGACCCUUCCAAAUCUCCUCAUUUUAAGCUGGUUUCCGUUUCGGGGUCCCGUGCCGUUCAUUCCACGCUUCGAAACAUUGGGAUUGAGAUAUACUCGUCUCGGACUCGAACCUGGAGGACCUGUGAGUCUACUGUUAUGUGGUUCCCUUCGUCGCAGAAGUUCUUACCCUGUGUAUACUGCAAUGGGAGGAUUAAUUGGCUGAGCACGUUUUGUUGGUUGGUUCACUACGACAUAGAUGAAGGGCAUUAUGGAGUGGUGGAUGGAAUUAUUGGUCACCCAUUUUCGGAUUGUGAAUACUCAUGUUUUGGGGAGUCUGGUGGCCGUUUGCAUCUUAUUGAAGUGGAUGGGAGUGAUCUAAACCAGCUUGGUGUGCUGGAGAUGGGGAAGGACUACUCUGGUUGGUUUCUUAAGUACCAGGUUGAUCUUAGUCGAGUGAGACCUGCAUUUCCUUCUUCUACUCGCCCAAUGUGUUGUCCAUUUUUGUUUCUUGAUGUGGAGGAAAAUGAGGAACAAGAUCCAGUCCUUUUGCUGCACAUUGGUCAUAAGGUCGUCUCCUUUAACACCAGGGAUAAGAGGUUCAAGACGCACUGUAACCUGAACACACCUUCGCUAGUUGGAUGGAGAGAUGCUUAUCCAUAUAUGGAGACUCUGGCUUGUGUGUAA